UCAGGGUUAAAGGUUAUAGGCGGAAGUAGGCGUUUAGGACCAUGUGGAGAUAGUUUGUUACGGUUUCAUUUGUUUUUGAAUUUUGUGUGUGUUCUUUUAAUUUAUUUAUUUUAAAAAAGAGUUUUACGACAUGGGAAAAAACAAAAAAACCCAACCUGAACAAUCGCAGCGUGAAUCCAAAACAAAUCAGCUUAAGAGCCAGAGCACAAUGUCUAAAGGCAGGAAGUCUGUCAGGACAAAGAGCAUUAAACGGGACAGUAAACCCCGGCAGACGGCACACCUGGAGCACAUCCCCUUUCGGCUGCGUGAGAUCAUGAAGAGUAAGGAGAUGAUGAAGUUGGGAGUCGCCAAGCGGAAGGCCAUGUUGAGAGCCAUGGCGCCAAAGCCAGAUACUGGGGUCCCACAGGCGACGGACAUCCCUGUCCCAAACUUCCAGAGGGGAAAGAAGGAGUCAAAGAUGGCGUACAUGCAGCGGAUCAGAGAGGAGACCCAGCACGUGCAGUUCCUCACUCUGAACCAGGUGGAGCGCCAGCCAGAGCUGGAGCCAGACAGGCAGGAGAAGCCAGCAGACACGCGCAAGGCUGAGAAGAAGAAAGAAUUUGAUAAAGUAAGAUUGGAAAGGUUGCAGAAGAAGAAGAUGGCAAAGAGAGAAGAGAGGGAGGAGAAGGAGAAAUUUACAGAGAAAGUGCAGUUUGGGGAGGUCGCCAUGGCUCCCCCAUCCCUGACAGCUAAACCCCGCAAAGCUCCAGCAAAGUCUCAGGGGGCGCCAAAGGAACUACUGCUUAGCUCUCUCCUUGGCCAUUCGUCAGUCUCCGGCAACAAGCCCUCCAUGGCACGGCAGCGGAUGAUGGAAGAGGAGCGGGAGCGCGUGGUCAAUGCAUACCGCCACUUGAAGGCCAUGAAGCAGAGGGAUCAGGGGCCCUCGGUGAAGCAGCAGCUGAGCCCACACUGAUGGUUCAGGCACAACUGCUGAAUUUAGGGGCUAGCAGACUCACAGAAACCAGGUUGCUGCUGUGUGUAGGAGGAGACACGCCUAAGAUGUGAACACGGCCUGUUCAGGAGUGGAUCAGGGCUGUACCAGUGCAGAGUGGCUCAGUGCAGGCCUUAGGCCCACUGGUUGGGGUAUGUGGCUCAGCAUGCAGGGCUCCUACUUAGGAUGUUAGCAUUCAGACUUCCUGUCAGCCUUAGUCUCCCCUUAUUAUUUUACCCUUUUCCAUGGUUAUUUUACCAUUUCAGUUAAUUGCUAUUAAAUUUAUACUGAAGAGUGCAUUAGUACAAAUCAUAAAUCAUCUGCGUGAGGGACUGCAAAGUGUGUUGGGAUUGUUAGCGUGACAAAAAUGAAACACUUUAUCUCAAACCACUACCAGAUUUUUUUAGCUGAGCAAUGUAUUAGUUAAUAAUAACUUCCAUUUCAAAUCCACAUUUAUGAGGUUGAUAAUGAGCAGGGGCAAAUUUUACUGUCAGCCACCUAAACUGGUGGGAAUCAUACAGGAGGGGUAAACCCUGAAUCAGGUGCAUAUGUAUUAUUCCAUUUCUCAAGUUUUCAUUUUCAUUUCAUGGUUAGUUCUUAUGGUCAUAUUGCGUUUUUAAGGUGGCUAAGCACUGUUUGCAGUCCUUCCACUAGGGUUCAUUAGCCUGCCUUUCUGAGAGGCUGUGAGAUACUAUCUAUGAUCUCAGGUACGUUAUUUGCCUGAGCUGCAAAUGUAAAUUGAUAAGGUGGAGAGUGUCAGCACAUUCAGACCAUAGAUUUGCAAAACGGCACUUGGAGAGAUUGGUGUGGAUUCAUCAGAUCCACUCCAUGUCAUGAUUUACUCUUAACCCUGUACUAUAUGUGCGCACUCAGCCCUAUCAUCCAUCUUUGUUUUUUCUGAAUAAUGUUUGAAGCAGCUGAUGUGAAAUACAUGCUGAAUGUGUUUGGUGUGACAGGGCUUCUGUAGAGGGACCUUCACUUUAGCAGUAUACUCUCUCUACAUAGGACAGCCACAGCUGUUUGCCAAGGCCUGGGCUGAGCAGGCAACAUGUCGCUGUCGUUGGAAGGGUAUGGGAAAAUAGAGAGGCUGUGAAGUGCAGAUGUGGGGGGGCAAAUAUUGUUUGGCAGCUUUGGGAGGGGAAAGUAAGAUGACUACUGUACCUGGUUCUCUUGAUUCAGUCUGCCUGUCAUUCAUGUCUUGACAGUUUUCUUUGGCUAAAUAAACCUGUUACUGACUACCA